GCAGCAGAACUGCACAUAAUACAUAAAUAACACAAAUCGAGAUUGAUCAUGAAGACCUUUUGUGGAAGAGCUAAUCCAACCACUGGUGCAAUGGAGUGGUUAGAAGAGGAUGAGAACUACGACUACCAUCAGGAGAUUGCAAGGUCACGCUAUGCAGAUAUGCUUCAUGAUAAAGACAGAAAUGUGAAAUAUUACCAAGGUAUUCGUGCUGCAGUGAGCAGAGUGAAAGAAAGAGGGGAGAAAGCAGUUGUUCUAGACAUAGGGACUGGCACAGGACUCCUGUCCAUGAUGGCAGCUUCAGCAGGUGCAGAUUUCUGCUAUGCAAUUGAGGUUUUCAAGCCCAUGGCUAAUGCUGCUGUGAAGAUAGUGGAGAAGAACGGUUUUCGUGACAAGAUCAAGGUAAUCAACAAGCACUCCACUGCAGUCACAGUUGGUCCAGAUGGAGAUAUGCAAUGUCGUGCAAACAUCUUGGUAACAGAAUUAUUUGAUACAGAGCUGAUAGGAGAAGGAGCUUUACCAACCUAUGAGCAUGCACACAAAUAUCUUGUACAGGAAGGAUGUGAGGCAGUGCCUCACAGGGCAACAGUGUAUGUCCAAUUAGUGGAAUCCAAAAGAAUGUGGUCCUGGAACAAACUGUUUCCUGUUCAUGUCGAAGCAGAAGACGGUGAAAAAAUUAUUGUCUCCCCUUCAGAAAUGGAGAACUGUCCAGGUGUUCCUUCUGUUUGUGAUAUCCAGCUGAACCAGAUGCCUUCAAGUGACUUCACUGUCCUUAGUGAUGUGGUGACAGUGUUCAGUGUGGAUUUCAGUAAGCCAGUAAGGAGUGCCUCUACCUCCUGUAGAGUGCAGCUGGAGCCUGUAAAAUCUGGCAAGGCGCAAAUCGUACUUUCCUGGUGGGAUAUUGACAUGGACCCCUCUGGGAUGAUAAAUUGCACAAUGGCUCCAUACUGGGUCAAAUCCACUUCUGCUUUCCAGUGGAGAGAUCACUGGAUGCAGUGUGUGUAUUUUCUUCCAAAUGAGGAGCCAGUUCUCAAGGGUGAGAAGGUGUACCUGACUGCCUGUCGUGAUGAAUAUUCUUUGUGGUAUAAGCUGCAGAAAGCCAGAGGUGAAGAGGAGAAUAAAGCAGAUGUUUGUGUUGAGAGUCCUGUUUGUUGGUGUCAGGCUCAUCUUCUUUGGAAUAGACCACGAUUUGGGGAAUUAAAUGAUCAGAACCGAACACGCCAGUACAUCAAGUCUUUGAUGAAAGUUCUGAAAACAGAUAGCAUUUGCCUUUGUAUCAGUGAUGGCAGUCUGCUGCCUGUGCUGGCUCACUAUCUUGGAGCAAAGCGGGUGUUUACCUUAGAAAACUCUGCUGUGUCCUGUUCUGUCAUGAAAAAAUUUUUUAAAGCAAAUCAUCUUGAAGACAAAAUUAAAAUAAUAGAAACACGUCCCGAGUUGCUGAUGUCUUCUCAUUUGGAAGAUAAAAAGAUUUCUGUACUUGUGGGAGAGCCGUUUUUUACUACGAGUUUGUUGCCGUGGCAUAACCUGUAUUUCUGGUACGCUAGGACAGCUGUGACCAGUCACCUUGCCAGCAAUGUCGCUGUCCUACCUCAGUCUGCUGCUUUGCACAUGAUGAUUGUGGAGUUUCAGGACUUAUGGAGAAUCCGGAGUCCCUGUGGCACCUGUGAAGGUUUUGAUGUCCAGACUCUGGAUGAUAUGAUUAAAAAUUCUAUGAAUUUUAGAGAAUCCAGGGAAGCAGAACCUCACCCUCUGUGGGAAUAUCCUUGCAAGUCACUCUCUGAUCCCCAGGAAGUUUUGAGAUUUGACUUCAGAGAGACUGUACCGGAACACUCUCUCAGCACAGAGGGUUCUGUAAAUCUUCUACGGAAAGGAAAGAGCCAUGGAGCAGUUUUGUGGAUGGAAUAUCAUCUUGUUGCUGAUAUCUCCAUUAGUACAGGACUGAUGCAAAUUUCAAAUGAAAAGGGAAACUGUGAAUGGAAUCCCCACUGCAAGCAAGCUGUCUAUUUCUUCAGUUCUGUUAUUGAAUCAGAAGCUCUGUCAGACCUUCAUAGUGCUGUCACGUAUGCUAUAAAUUUCAACACAAAGACAGGAGAGAUUGCCAUGGAUUUUAAGCUUUUAUAAAAUACUUUCAUUUUACUUAUGUUUCUAAAUUAUAAUAAACUUACAUGGUAUUUUUUUAUACGGCA